UAGAAAAGAAGAAGAGCUGUUUAGACGUCUUUUUUUCUAGGUUAUGUUUGUUGGGAUCCUUGAAUAUUCGUUUAAAAAAUUUGUUUCAUUUAUCGAAUUCUCUUUCUGAUAUAGUAAUAAUAUGUCAGAAGAUAAUAAAUGUUCCGAAAACUCAAACCAAGAGGACACCGCAGAAAAACCGAUUUUCAAAAAAAAAAAACGCAAACAACUUCGACAAAGAAUAAAAACUGAUGAAAGUGAUGAUGAAACAGUGGAGCAAGUAAGCUCAAUACUGACUGAAAUGAAAGAAAUUCAGAAGCUCCGUGGUAGACCUAAUGGUAUAAGCAUUGCUGGUUUAGCUCUAGGAUCCAAAGCUGACCCUGAAGAUUCUAUACCAACGAAAGAUGUGUACAAUGUAAAUGUUGGAGGAAUGAUAAAUAUGCAAGCAUUAAAAAGCGGACAGCUACAACAAGUCGAUGAUGCCUAUGACACUGGCAUAGGAACUCAAUUCUCUGUGGAAACCAAUAAAAGAGAUGAAGACGAAGAUAUGAUGAGGUUCAUCGAAGAAGAAUUAUCCAAAAGGAAAGGAAAGGAGAAACUGAAUAAGAAUGGAGAAGUUGUUGAUAAGGAACCUAAAUACAUUACUCCUGAAGAAUCUGCCUUGCAGUCGGUGCCAACACACCUUAGGGAGUCUUCAGCAAAAACAUCAGAAGAGAUGUUAUCCAAUCAAAUGCUUAGUGGCAUUCCUGAAGUUGAUUUAGGUAUCGAAGCUAAAAUAAAGAAUAUCGAAGCUACAGAGGAUGCCAAGUUGAGAUUACUUUGGGAAAAACAAAACAAGAAGGACGGACCUUCACAAUUCGUACCAACAAAUAUGGCUGUGAACUUUGUUCAUCAUAAUAGAUUCAACAUUGACCAAUCAGAAAUUCCCAAGAAGAAAAUUAAAGCGGAACCAGAAUUGGAGAAGCCCAAAAAGAAGAGUGAAAAAGCUACAGACGAUUAUCACUAUGAAAAAUUCAAGAAACAGUUUAGAAGAUAGUUAUUAAAUUAUAUACUUGAAAUAAAUUAAUUUUUUUAUUUAC